AUGGCCCCAGAAUUAUCGAAUUUUGAAACGGACUCGUCGGCACGCCAGCAGUACUCGGCGCACAAUCCAAUAGAACAAUACGUUUUACUCGCAAAAGGAGCCAAAGGGGCAGCUUGCAUCGAGUUGAUCAAACAGGUCCUGGAAGCACCGGGAGUUCACGUAUUUGGAGAGCUGUUGGCGAUGCCAAACAUCGACGAGCUAAAGAAUGGUCCGAAUGCAAACUACUAUAACACACUGAACCUGUUCGCUUAUGGAACGUAUCGUCAGUAUCUUGAGAACCAGGCCAAACUGAUUCCGCUUACACCGGCAAUGCAAAAGAAGCUGCAGCACCUGACGGUGGUGUCGUUGGCGAUCAAAAGCAAAUGCAUUCCAUACAAUGAGCUGCUCGAUGAGCUGGACAUUAAGAAUGUGCGUGUGCUGGAGGACUUGAUCAUCGAAGCCAUUUACGCUGACGUUAUACACGGUAAGCUUGACCAGAAGAACAAACAGCUGGAGGUGGAUUACGCCAUCGGUCGGGAUAUUCGCAAGGGCGACAUAAAGGAAAUUGCCUCCACGUUGCAAGAGUGGAGCGAUUCGUGCGAAACCAUUUUGCUUUGUCUAGAGACACAAAUCAAUCGAGCCAACACCGAGAAGCAGAAGCGUAUCAAGCACAAGGAAGCGAUCGAACAAGAGAUUUCGAACCUCAAGAAAACGAUAAAGACUCAAUCGGUAGAAUCCGACGAAGCCAUGGCUACGGACGGCUGCCGCGAUAUGGCGGGUGGGCUCGAUCUACGGAAAAAGCCAACGAAAUCCAAGAGCCUUAAAGGUUGCGGUCCAGGCAAGUCAGUAUCGAAAUGAUUGGCUUAACACACUACCAAGAAGACACAGGCGCCACAGACUGCCAGCCGAAGGGCAGUUUUGGGAUGUUAAAUCAUUAGUUUCUUUUU